AUGGCUCGUAUAGCUCGCGACUCGACGCCAAAGCGUCGGUCAGCACGAUUAUCUAAUCAGCAACCAGAGGACUGCGGCUUACACAACCAGUCGGCCUACAAACCACGGAAACAAAGCUUGCAAUUAGACACUGUUAUAGAGCGCGAUGAAACGCCUGAUAUUGCCGAGCAACCGUUGAUCGACAAUGUUAUUGUUACACCAAGCACUCGUCACGGCAUCGAAGACCGCCUUAGAGAGCUCUCGAAGAUUACUACACCCAAAACCGAGCCCCGACCCGACAACAACCAAAUGCAUCCAGCGACUAUACACCAGACGACUGCGAAAGCUCCAGACUCCGGGAUGAAGCUGGGAUUUGCCGAUAUCAAAACAACUGGUCGCGCUUCAGUAGCUAGCUUACAGAAUACCCCAAGCAGACCUCGUCAAAGCCUGGCUCAUACCAAUAUAUCUCCUUCUUUCCAAUUCAAGUUCAGUCACGAAACAAAUUUGUCCGAAGCAGGCCAGCAGUUGAUGGACACAAUCCGAGAGGAGGCUGCCAAAAUAAAAGAACGAAUGCAGGUGGAGCGAGAACUUCAAGAGGAGAAAGAUGCUCAAGCUGAGGGCUCAUUCGACACUGCAGUCGGAAGAAAGAUCGCAAAGCCAACUGCCAAAGCCAGUCGCUUCAGUGACGUACACAUGGCGCAGUUCAAGAAGAUGGAUUCUGUCGAAAAUCAUGCCUCGGCCUGGCGCGUUCGUCCUGGCUAUGCUAGACCUACAGCUCAAUCGUUGAAGCGCAACAGCACAGUCGCCAAUCUGGACGAUCCAGAGCGAUCCAAAAUUGUCGCAAAGAGCCCAUCACGCAUUCCACCGCCUGUGACAGGCCGUGCUAUCUCCACAAGCCCGUUCAAAACUAUUCGUACCACUCCUGCGCAUGCUUCAGACGCAUCUGCAAAGAGAUUGCGGAGAGUCGACGAUGAGGACGUCUCGGACAGCAGACCAGUAACAGCACUCGCACGACCUGUAUCGAGCAGAUUGCUAUCGCCGACGAAAGCCUCAACCGCACGCGUUGCAGAAUCCAUCACUCCUACAUCCGCCAAGCAGUCUUCAAUUCCACGAUCUAACUCUAUUCGUUCAAUCCGAACCGGUCCUCAGUUAUCGUUCACAUCCCCAGCCAAGGUCUCACAACCACAAAUGGAUAAGCCGCUUCCUCCUACUCCUGGUCAAGCCAGUACUGCAGCCAUCAAGCACGGACUGACACGGUCAAACUCAACUAAGAGCCUAGCACCACUUGCUCAAAUUCCUCAAGUUCCUCAAGAAGCUUCCACCUCAAGGAUUCCAACUUUUGCUAGCCUUAAAUCAAUUCUCAGAUCUCCCAAGAAGAAUCCAGUGUCACUCCAAGCUGGAACUCCCAAGCAACCAUCUACUAUUCCUGUGCCUGCGAGCUCUCAGAAAAAGGUCGACUUCACACCUAGUGUCAAAUCAAGAUAUGCUGUAAAGUUGGCUGAAGGCAGUCCGAGUCCGGCUAAGCUUGAUCGUUCGCAGCUUCCGAAAGAGUGGGAGCCCGCUAUUCCUUACGACUCUUCAGCAUUUGUGGUCACUAAUGACGAUGAUUGGGAAGAUGAUGAUAGUGCAAUUGUCUAUCCAUCUCUUACAGCACUCGAUGCGCGACCGCCGACCAGACAGGAACCAGGGCCAGUCAAUCAUACUAUUGAUGCAUUCACGCAAAAUGCUAAGAACCAUGGACGACGAGAAUCAACAGAAUUCAAAUCAAUUUUCACAACUCUCCAUCCCAAGCCCGAUACACCUUCGACGACCCUGACAUCAGUCAACACGAACCUCAAUCGCACCAAUCCAGUAACGAACGCUUACUGCGUCGCUACAUCUCCACCGAAACAACCACAAUCCCCACCGACGAUCCGCCAAGUACGAACCUCUGAACCAGUACAACCCUUCGAAGAUCGCAUACAGACAGUCCCUCAUGGCUUGCCAGGCAAAAAGCGCCGCAUGGCUUCCGAAAUCGCUAAUGACAAAUUCGGUAACGAUGACGACGCGAAGGAAAACAGACGAGUCACACACGCUGCUAGCAUUCCCGGCGCUUGGAACGAUAGCGUUGUUGAAGAGGAUGAGGGCGAAAAGAGAGGUGGCAAGCGCGUCAAGGUGGCACCUGUUGAAGAGCCGGAGCAGAAGAAUACCAGCCCACUCAAGAAACCAAGUGCUGCGCGAGAACUCGCUGCUAAGACUGCUAAGGAACGAAAGGUCAAGGCUAGUAUUGGAGGCGCUGGGGCGGCUGCAGGCACAAGCAGCAGAGGUGUGUUGAGUCUGAGUCGACUCAAUAUGCUUGCUAGGCCCAAGAACCGUGGUUGA